AUGUCCAACACAGAACCACAACCGUCUCGUAAAAUCCUCCUCAUAAACGGCCCCAACCUCAAUCUCCUCGGCACCCGCGAACCACAAAUCUACGGCUCAACCACCCUCUCUCAAAUCACUGACUCCGUCGUCCAACGCGGCCAGGAAUUGAACAUCACCAUUGUCCCAUUCCAAUCGAACCACGAAGGUAUCAUCGUCGACUUUUUACAUUCCAAUUUCACACCCUCCGCGAGAACAAAGACAGCCGUAAUACUAAAUCCAGCAGCAUACACGCAUACGAGCGUAGCGAUCCGUGACGCACUGCUGGCCACAAACUUCCCGUUUGUCGAAGUUCAUAUAUCCAACAUCCACGCCAGAGAACCCUGGAGGAAUCAUAGCUAUUUUAGCGACAAGGCCACUGGCAUCAUCAUGGGGCUGGGCACGUUCGGAUAUAUGGCCGCAUUGGAAUUUUGGGCACAGAAGUGGGAUGCUGAGGCGCAGUAA